AUUUGUCCGAUACCCGAAUCCGAAUCACAAUUCACAUCCGAAUCGAAUCAACCCAUCGUAGAUGAACGAGUAGUGAAACAGAAUGGUUUGAUAAAAAUGUUAGUGAUUUCAUUUUAGAAUUCAAGAACAUAAUAGAUUUUAAGUUAAAUAAGAAGUGUUAAACAAUAUUAAAUGUCCAAUUACUUUAAGUUAAUGGUGGGAACCCACUUAUUUGUGCAUUUACAGUUAUUCGUGUAACACGUAUUUUGUGCAUAGAGUUCAAGCAUUGAAUUAGGCCACAUAGCGAUCUCUCCCUAAAAUACCGCUGUUCUGGCUGUCGACGUAUCAAGACGGGCGAUCAAAGGUGCGAGGCGCGAGAGUGAUGAUCAGAUAGCCCGCGAUCUAAUGUGAUGUCAUCAAAAGGGGAAACAGAGGCCGAUUCGGGCACGGGCACCAUCUCACCUAAUUUGUCAGCUGUUAAAAAUGAACCGGCACCCACAGCAAGCAAAGAGAAGCGCGGCACUGGAACACUGCUGAAGUGCACCACGUGCAACAGCUUCAGCACGCUGAGCAGCCGCGCGCUCUCCACGCACAUGGCGCAGUGCUCGCCCGACAACAACAAUGUGGCCGCCGCGCAGACCGCCGACGCGCGCCCGCACCGGAAACUGUUCGAAUGCGACGUGUGCAACAUGAAGUUCUCGAACGGCGCCAACAUGCGGCGCCACAAGAUGCGGCACACGGGCGUCAAGCCGUACGAGUGCCGCGUGUGCCAGAAGAGGUUCUUCCGCAAGGACCACCUCGCGGAGCACUUCACCACCCACACCAAGAGCUUGCCGUACCACUGCCCGAUAUGCAACCGAGGGUUCCAGCGACAGAUCGCCAUGCGCGCGCACUUCCAGAACGAACACGUCGGCCAGCACGACCUCGUCAAGACUUGCCCGCUGUGCAGCUACCGCGCGCCCACCAUGAAGAGCCUCAGAGUACAUUUCUUUAACAGACACGGAAUCGACCUAGACAACCCAGGUCCGGGCAACAACUCUGUUUCCCUCCUCGCCGCGGGGAUCGCCAACGCGGCGUACGCGGACGGCACGAUGGACGCCAGCGCCAUCAGCGCCCUCGGCGCGCUGGGCUCCGGCCUGUCGGUGUCCGUCGCCGCGGCCUACUCCGACAGCGGCGACAGCAACGGCGCGCGCUCCGCCGACAACGCCACCCCGCCCAUGCACUACUUGACGCCGCACGUCGAGAUAUCGAUGGCCGACAACAAUGAGACCUUCUCGCCGGGACAUAAUAACCAUCAAGAUUCGCGCAUGAACGGCGAGGGCCCCAGCUCGCCGCAGUCAGUAGACAGCGCGGUGGCCAGCAGCUCGCUCUCCGCCGGCCUCCCCGCCAACAUCACGCCUUCCAUCACACUCAUACCCAUCAAACAGGAACCAAAUGCGCAAGAAGAGUCGGGUCGCGAAGGCGACAACGAGGGCGAGACGAACGGCAAAGAGAAACGCGACAUAACAUCACUGUCCUCUCUGAUCAAAGUGUCGCCGCUCAAGAGCCUGCUGAGAGAAGACCUGCGCCGCCGCAUCUCCGCCAGAGGACGCUCGCGUGCUAACAACUCAUCCCGAGCGUCCCCAUCCGAGGGCGGAGUCAUCACAUCGACGCACGGCGACGCGACGCUCACGCCCGCGUCACUGGUGUGCACCUUCUGUUCCAUCACGUUCCCCGACUCCACGUUGUACUUCCUGCACAAGGGCUGCCACUGCGACUCCAACCCGUGGAAGUGCAACAUAUGCGGCGAGCAGUGCUGCAACGUCUACGAGUUCAACUCGCACCUGCUGAGCAAGAGCCACCAAUGACUGUUUGCUGGGGGGCCGUUCCAACACUGACUUUGUCUCUGAUACAGUACCACCACAUGUGUAAGUUACCAGUUUACCAGUCGAGCGUUUAUGUGCGACCGCUUUUGUUUUUCAAUGUCAAACUCUGUGUUGAUUAGCACUGAUGACGUCAUUGGUGCUAACGGCAGUGAUGAUCUCCACUUGAAGUUCGACAGUUUGUUGUUGCAAUGUUUGGCACUGAUGACGAUCAACAACAGUGACGAUCAUUGCUGUUUUUGUCCAUGUCUUUGGAAAGAUUGGUAGCAAUGGAAAAUCCGGCAGUUUGUUGUUGUAAUGCUUGGCACUGAUGACGUCGCUACAGUGUUCUGCAGUUAUAAUUGGCACUGAUGACGUAAUAACACUGUUUUGCAGUUGUUUGGCAUUGAAUUUUCGUCAGAGACGAUUGGCACUGAUGAAUUAUUUUUGGGAUGUUCAACAGUGAUGAUUAUUAUUAUUGGCACUGUUGACGUCAUUCGAAUUUUUAGUUCCGUAAUGAUGCAAAUGGCGGAUAGCACUCAAUCGUUGUAACUUAUAUACGUGGUCAAUACUGUACUGCACUCUACUCGUGUGCAUACUGCAAGCACUUCCUGUACCAAAUUCACAAUUUCUUCUUUUUUUUUUUAAAUUCUAUCUUGGCAAAAACUGUCAUUUUUAAAAUAUAUUGUACUUUUCUCUUUGUCUUAACAUGUUCUCCUGUAAGUUUUCUUUCUGUUUCUCUCGAUGCUCGUCGUGUGUCAUGGCGGGCGGAAGUGCUUCGAAUAUGCUAUACGCUGAACGUCCCCCCGAAGCUGUAAAACUUAAAAAAAAAGUGCAAAUUAUUUUUGAAGGUUAUUUAGUGGUAAUUUUAGGUAAAUGAGCGACGAUAUUUGUAUGGAUAUUUUAGUGUUAAAAUUUAUUUUGAUAGGAUAAAUUCGGAAUUCGGGUGCGAUUAGACACUUUUGAAGUUGAUGACACGUCGUUGAAUACUUCGUCCAUAAAUCGACAUUCCAAAUUGUAAUCUAUGCAUUCCAUUUAUUCGAGAUUGUGAGAUACUUGGUGGACUUUGGUGGGGAAUGAAGUGAUACUUGAAUUUUUAUUAUCAUUAUCUUAAAAGAUUUUUUAUUUAUUAUUUAAUUAAUUUUCUUUGUACUUAAUAGUACAUGGACGUUAUUCAAAACAAUAUUUAUAGAGUAUUUUUUGGUGCGAUAGUGAAUUUUACAAAUGUUUAUUAAAACCUAUGGUAUGGUAAAGAGUGUACAAAUUAAUAUAUUUUUACAUUUUCACUGUUGACAUGAUGUUUAUAUAGAAAGGCAAAGCCUCAUAUUUCCAUGAUUAUUUAAUUUUUUUUUUGUGAUCGAUUAAUCAGACCGGAAUUAUAAAUUCUACAUUCCGUUAAUUUAAUUUAUAUUUCUUUUAUUUAAUAAAAUGUGCAUGUAAUGCAAGUCCACGACUAAUACUUAAUGUACAAGUUGUUUUUUAUUAUUAUUUAUUUUCUAAAUUGAUUAUAGUAGUAAAUACAUUCGCAUGUACUUAAAAUUUUAUCGAUUUGUAGCAAAUAGGUUAUAUGAAACGAUAUCUGACCAUUAUAAGAAGAACGCACUUGCUCAAUAACAUGAAAAUGGCUCAACAAAAUAUUUAAUAAAAAAAAGUGCUUAAUAUUUCGUUGCAUCUUCGCACAAAAGGUUAUUUUCUCACAUACAUAAUAUUGCGUGCUUAUAAUGGUGUCUAAUUUAAAAAAAUAUAUAUAAUAUCGAUUACAUUUUAUUUUCUAAUUCUAAUCGGUGUUGACUCAACAUAGUGUUUGUCUGUGGUAUUGAAAUCGAUUUUAGCUAAGAUUCAAUGAAAUAAUUUUCUGCUAACGAAAAAUAUGGCAAGAUAUGCUCACGUUAUUCGCGACGAAAUUCUUUAUUUUAUUUAAAUUAUAUGAGAGUAUUGGAGAGUUAAAAACAUCAGGUUUGAAGUUAGUUUGAUUUUAGAAUCACUUAUCACUUCUGUACUUAAAAAAACAUAUUAUAUUUUUUUGUUAUAUUAUUUGAUGUUUAGCAACUUUUGAAACAAUAGUUUUUCAAUACAAAAGUUAUUUAAAAGUUAUAUAACUAAUACUAAUUUACUUUUUGUCUUUUGUUUACAAAUAGAAAUUAAAAAAUAAUUAUGCUUGGUUCCUAUGAUUGCCCAAUGACCCAAUUUUAUCAAAACAGCGAAUAAUUUUUAAAACUAUUGCUUAUCAUCAUCAAAGUUUGGUACUAUUGCUUAUCAUUAUCAAAGUAUACCAGAAUUCGUAGAUGAAAAGUGUGUGAAAAAAAAACUUGUAAAUUAUAUUUUUAGGUAAGAGCAUCUUAUAUAAAUAUAGUUUCUAGCCGGCUCUAAACACAGACUUGAAGUUUUAAAAGAGCUUGUAUUAAACUUUUAUUCACAUGAUCGAGUUAUGUUAUACAAUCUGUAAUAAAAUUUGGGUCCAUAUGUUUAUUUUAGUUGUCACUAAAAACCAAAAAACUAAGCAUUUGGUGCAAAUUUGAUUGUCCAUGAAUUUUAAAGUAACAAAUCUUCCAUGCCACCCUUUUCUUAGUAUUUCCUGUUGAAGGCAUGAUUUUUGAUUUGUAUUAUUUGAUUACAAUGUACAUAGAGGUUAAAAUUCAGCCGUUACCUUGAUGAGUUUGUUCACUUGCGUUUCACCUUAGAACCUGAGAUUGUACAUUCCUGUAGCUAAUAAGUACUUAAUAUCGGUUGUGGUCUUGCCUGUUAAGUUUAACGAAGUCGACUUAGGUGGAACUGAAAUUAUGUUUACCAACGAAGUUAUAUUAUUGUUUUGUUGACAUUGCUGUAGAAUAAGUGAUGGUACGAGAUCCAACAUAAGAAAUAUAUACUCAUCUGUUAAUUAUUUGGUAUAAGAAAUAAAUUAUAGAAUAUAUUUACAUUGGCACAUUGCACAUGGGUUGUCUAGUUAAAUUGCGGCUGGUUAGUUCAAAAUGAAUAAAUUUAUUUUUUAAUAUAUUUAAUCUCUUUCCCUUAUUCGUUAAUUAAAAAAAUCAUACACUCGUUAUUAGAAUAUACCCAAAAAAAAUUAAAAAGUAAAGGUUGCCUGUUUUUACACUGCAACUGUGAGGUUGCCAGACAUAAACAGUUAAUUUAUGUUAUUUAAAAAUCCUCAUCAGUUAUUUAGUCGUCUAAUAUAUCAAAUGAAAAUUUUAUUUUAUGCUUAAUUUAACUUUAUUAGGUUGCCUUUCUAAAGUAUGGUUUACUAGAUUUUGGAUGAAAAAUGUGUCAGGUAGCCAUUUGACUAGGCAACCUUUGUGUAAUAUGUCACUGAAUGUUUUCUAUCAUUUAUUUCUUAUCCCAAAUAAUUAACAGAUGAGAGUAUAUAUUUGAUAUGCCGGCUCUUAGACCAUGAGGGGAGUGAGCGGGCGAUACGGCACGGACCUAGUGAGUUACCUGAACGAGCAACACAUAUUUAUUUAUAGAUAUUCUUAUAUUCUAUUUUCAUUGUUGGUGUUUUUAUUGUGUAGUCUUGGAUAAUUAUUUGGUCCCGGCCGCCGCGCCGCGAUCUAGCACUAAGAGUAGUAUAUAAUUAAGAGCUAUUAAUUAUAUUAAUCGGUAACCCCAUUGGGCGCCUUUAAUUAAUCCGUCCAUAUCUAACGAUAGAUAUUGCCUUUAAUAUUUAAUAGAGAUAAUAUAUUUAUAGAUUAUAUUAGUGUUAACAUUAAGGAGAGAUCUUAAUUAUAAAGCGUUUACAUAAAUACAGAGGUUUACAGAUGUAGUUAAAUUUAUAUAUGUAUAUAAACGCACUUGUCGUUGUAUUGAAUAUAGGGUUCUACGAAUAAGUAUCAAUUACCUUUUUUUUAAUGAUUGAAUGUUUGAAUCCUUUGAGCGUGUAAAGAAAUCUUAAACAUACAGACGAUAUUGUUGAUUAUUAUUAUUGUUUAGUAAAUUAAAUCCAAUUUUUUGCCACUAUAAAUUGGUCGGAUCGGAGUAUUUUAUGAAAUCGAUUUACGUCGAUUCUUUUUUUUUUUCAAGUGUCAAUUGAUCGUAUAUUUUAUACUGAUUUUCAAUGCGAAACGGUGUUUGAUACUUAUUGUGGUUCUCUGAU